AUGGCAAGUCGCCGUCUCUGGCCUGUGGACUCCCGUUGUUUUUUCUUACUGCAUCUUCUUUGUUAUCGCUUCAUUUGUCUGCUGUUUGUCUUUGCUUGUAAGUGUAUCGGCAGCAUUCAGGUGGUGACGGUGACUGCAUUUGCGACUUUCGACCCUGUUUUUGAGUUUACGCUUGAUUGUGCUUCAUCUUUGUACUGGAAAAUGUCUGCUACCAAGGAAGUUACUUCAGCUCGCCCGUCUGGUGACGCUCGUGCUGAAAAGUCUGUAGAAAAGUUGGAUGUGAAAGAAUUUCGCGAUCGGUUUUGCGUUCCUAAUGGCGUGUCUGUGGAACUGUUUGAUGGAGAGGGCGUGUUGCCUAAGAAGCCGGAAAAUAACGCGAUACUCUUUACCAAGGAGCAGUUUAAUGCUGGGCUUCGAUUCCCUGUCCCGUCUCUGCUCAAGGAAUUUCUGCACUUCACCCAGAUUCCUCCAGUGUACGUACAUCCCAACAUGAUCCGGGUGCUGAUGGGGUGCAGCAUCCUGAGCAUGUUGUUUAAUUUGGACCUCUCAUUACUGGAGGUUCUUUUCGUUUACUCGAUCAAGAAGGUGAAGAGUAACAUCUUCAGCUUCGUCGCCAGCCUUCCAUCCCUGCAACUGGUGACAAACCUACCGGAUUCGAAUAAAAAGGCCGCCAAGGGGCAGGUGCUGGUCAAGGGCGUAUGGGCAGGUUUGUCUGAGCAUCCGGAUAGGCCCUUUGUUCCCAAUCAGUCACUGGAGAUUCCAGACCAGGAUAAGAGGGGAAAACUGGUGGAGUGGGUGGAGAAGGCUUCGUUCGACCGUUUGAACAAGCUCUUCGAGAUAACUUCGGCCGAGCGGAGAUGCGAACUGCUUCUUUCUCCGCAGAACCUCCGCUUGUGGUAG